CAACAAGGCAACAAAAGAGAAAACAUAGGGUAACAUCUCACUGGUUGUUGCCAAAGCAAGCGCACAUUCAUGCCUUAAUGUCUCGUUCCGUCGCCACCCACCAAAGAAUGCAUCUUUCUAUAUAAUCUGUGAUGGUGUGUGUUUCCCAAAUUAAGGGGAACCAAAAGCAGCUCACCUGUGUGUGAAUCCCCUCCAUUGCUUCUUCCCUCAUCCAUACGUAGAUUCCCGACCGAGCGCCGGAAGCAGAGCAGGACGAUGGGGCGACACGCCGACGCCGGAGCAGACGCCCGGCCGCUCCUGACCUCGGAGUCUUACGCGCGGUGCCCUUCGCGCCGCGACGAUGACCUCCGCAAUUUCCGCUCCUGUCUCCGCUGGCUCUGCCUCGACCAGUCCGGCAGCGGUUACCGCGCCGCCGUCUCCUGGGCCCUUUUUCUCCUGCUCGCCGUGGCCGUCCCUGCCAUGUCCCACUUCGUGCUCGCCUUCCGCCCGCAACGCCGUCCUUACGACCUCGUCGUCCAGCUGUCCCUCACUGCCGCCUCCGCCCUCUCCUUCCUUACCCUCUCCUCCGUCACCCGCAGCUACGGUCUCCGCCGCUUCCUCUUCCUCGACAAGCUGCCCGGCGAGACCGACCGCGUCCGCCUCGGCUAUACCUUCGAGCUCAACCAAUCCUUCCGCCUCCUCUCCUGCUUCGUCGCCCCCUGCUUCGCUGCCGAGGUCGCCUACAAGCUCUGGUGGUACAUCUCCGGCGCCGGCCGCAUCCCCUUCGUGGGGAACCCCCUGCUGAGCUACUGCGUCUCGUGCGCGCUCCAGCUGGCGUCCUUGAUCUACCGGAUCUCCAGCUUCUUCCUCUCCUGCGUGCUCUUUAGGCUCAUAUGCCACCUCCAAAUCCUGAGGUUGGAGGACUUCGCGGCGGUGUUCCGAGGGGAAUCGGAGGUCGACGCAGUGCUGCGAGAGCAUCUCCGGUUGAGGAGGCAGCUCAAAGUAAUCAGCCACAGGUUUCGGGUGUUCAUAUUGGCAGGGUUGAUAAUGGUCACGGCCAGCCAGUUCGCCGCCACCCUGGUGACUCUCCGGCCACACUCCGACGAUAAUCUUUUCAACACUGGAGAACUCGCGUUGUGCUCAAUUGUGCUCGUGACCGGACUGCUUAUAUGCUUACGUAGCGCUGCAAAAAUCACACACAAAGCUCAAGCACUCACAGGCCAUGCUGCAAAAUGGCACGUCUGUGCUACUAUUGACUCAUAUGCCGUAGACCUCGAGACAACUUCUACCAUUGCUCCUGACACCAAUCAUGUAUCACCUGAAAAUGAUGCUGACACAGAUGAUGAAGAAGCCAGUGAUAUAGAUGAAUUAAUAUGUACAAAGAUUGUACAUACUCAUGUGAAUACCAUGGCCUUCCAAAAGAGACAAGCACUAGUCACAUAUUUGGAGAACAACAGAGCAGGGAUUACCAUAUUUGGCUUCACAGUGGACCGGGCAUGGCUCCAUACCAUAUUUAUGCUUGAAAUAACUCUAUUUUUGUGGCUUCUUGGGAAGACAGUCGGGAUAUCGUAGAGCUACUUGUGAUUCCACUCGUAUAUCGAUGUAGAUUCUUGACCCCUAAUCUGAUUUGUGACUCAAUUUCGUACCUCUCUCGAUCAAAAGCCGCUUGAGGGGCUUUAUAUAUUGCAUGUACAGGUUUCUAUCUCUGUCUGGACUUCUUGCAGAGCCUACGAUAUUUGGGUACGACUUUAUUUGUGUGUACAAUUCUAGUGUUCUAAGCUACUGUUGUUUGCAUGUUAAUUGCCGUAUCAGAUCUGUAAGGCUUUUGUUCUUCUCUUGUUGUAAUCGUCGUCCUUUACAUUUGCUUGUCACACAAUAUAUUGCUACUCUGAUCUGUGGGAGUGACCCAAAACCAUUGAAGUGCA